AUGGUUGAAAUUGGCACCCCAGUGCGUUGGUGUGACUCCGAGAGCCUCAAGGAUCCGCGCAUGGACUCCCCUGAGGAUGCGGUGCUGCGUGUGGCUGAGCUGGCAGUGAGCUGCACCGUGGAGCGCACUGCAAGCCGCCCAAGCAUGGCGCUCAUUGCCACCCAGCUGCAGGCUGUCAGGGAGGAGGUGGUGGGGAAAAAUGAGCUGAGUGCAGCGAGUAAGGUUGAUGCGCAGGUGUAA